AAAAAAAUACUGGGGGGAAAUCUCACCAUUGUGGGAGGGGCUGAGACACAAAGUACUGGGGGGAAAUCUUACCCUUUGUGGGAGGGGCUGAGACACAAAGUACUGGGGGGAAAUCUCACCAUUGUGGGGGGGCUGAGACACAAAGUACUGGGGGGAAAUCUCACCAUUGUGGGAGGGGAUGAGACCCAAAGUACUGGGGGGAAAUCUCACCAUUGAGGGAGGGGCUAAGACACAAACUACUGCAGAGAAAUCUCACCAUUGUGGGAGGGGCAGAGACACAAACUACUGCAGGGAAAUCUCACCAUUGUGGGAGGGGCAGAGACACAAACUACUGCAGGGAA